AUCCGUCAACCGGCAUGAUGUCCGACGUGCGCGUUCUCGUGUUUUGAAUUAGUCGACGUGCGCGCGCGCUCCUGCUAACGACUUACCUUGGAGACUGGAGCUUCGCUGCCGAAGUUAAUCCAAAACACCAAACCCGCGUAAACUCGACUAAGUUCAACCAUUAAAUUAAAAGCGGGUGAUUUGUUUAUAAAGUCCUCGUCCUGAUUUCUUUGGAAUUAUUGAAGAGUUCACAGUUCGGGACGUUUCUGCGGUUUGCGAGCGCUUCUCGUCGCUUCAUCUGAGAUGUCAGUGGCUUGAGUUUUAUAUCCAAGGCUAUCUGUCUCUGAACCUCACACUUUACAAGUCACUGACUCAUUUUCAAGAGAGAGCGAGAGAGAUACUGUGUCAUCCUAGUAGGAGUAUCGCACAGCUCCUGUGGUUUAGACGGUGCACAGCCUUUAAAUAAAUGAUGGAAGUCCUACUUCUUCAGCCAAAUGACUCCAGCUGAGAGCUUACCGGCCAUCCUGACUGAUGCUGGAAGAACUUUUUCAUGCUGCUUAUUCACCUCCGGUGUCAUUGAUUAGAGCAGACCAGUCUUCCUUUUAAGAAAUAGGUGUGGAGUAUGUGGGCCAGCUGCUGCGGCUGGCUCUGUCUGGAUGAUUCCACCGUGGACAACACCAGAAGCAGCACACGUCAUCAGGACUUCACCAACUCGGGCUUCAGCAGUUACCCAUCUCCCCCUGCUCCAGAACACACGUGCAAGGCCUGUGGGGGCCGCUUCGACAGCCUAGCCAGAAAGCACCUGUGCAUGGACUGCAAGAAAAGCUACUGCAGCCGCUGCUCCACGCAGCAGGACCUCCAGCCAUGGCUGUGCCACACCUGCCAGCGUUUCCGAGGCAUCCUGUUCGAGCGCGCUGAGCUGAUGAAGCUCAAGGUGAAGGAUCUGAGGGACUACCUCCACCUGCACGGGGUCCCCACGCAGAUGUGCCGCGAGAAAGAGGAGCUGGUCGAGCUGGUUCUUGGCCAGCAGACGCCUACAUCUGACACGCACAUUCCUCCACCCCCCGUGACCACACAGGAACCCCAAAACACUCCAGUCAUCACCGUGAGCCCGCUGGCGGACAACGGCACAACUGAACUGGGACCCCAGACUCAAGCAACAGAAGAUGGACAGAGCAUGGCUGAGGCGACAGCUGACAGCGAGAUGGACGCUGAGCUGCAGGAGGAGCAGGAGUCGCAGUCUUCAGACUCUGAGGAGGUGCUGGCGACGGGGCGACGGGCGUCUCUCUCUGACGUCAGAUCAGUGGAGGACAUCGAGGCUCUGAGUGUCCGGCAGUGUAAGGAGAUUCUCGCCAGGAACUUCGUCGACUAUAAGGGCUGCUGUGAGAAAUGGGAGCUGAUGGAGAGAGUCACGCGUCUGUACUACGACCAGAAGGACCUGCAGAACAUGGUGUCUCACGCCACAGAAGGCACAGACGCUGGGUCUGGGACGGCGGUGGAGGAGAACCUGUGUAAGAUCUGUAUGGACUCGCCCAUCGACUGCGUUCUUUUGGAGUGCGGACACAUGGUCACAUGCACAAAGUGCGGCAAGCGCAUGAACGAGUGUCCAAUCUGCCGGCAGUACGUGGUGCGGGCAGUGCACGUGUUCAGAUCCUGAGCGACAGAUCCUGUAGAAAACUGUCAGGUGGCCUUUCAUUCUUGCGGCACUUUAAACGAUAGCGAAUAAGAUUGAGCAAUAACUGGAUUCAGUUUCCUUUUCUUCAAGUGACUUCAAAGAGUGCCUUCUGGGAGCUUGAUUUUUGAUCGUGGGAUAAUGUCACAUGUUUGCUGACAGUGCAGAUGACACAGAUACCCGUUUCUGCCUUGGGCCCUGUUAGUAAACACUGAGAGGAUCUUAUGAAUGAACAGACUGCAUCUUCUGAAUAUGUGCCUUGCCCUGCUGCUUCUCACACGCCGGUUUAAUUUGUUCUCUAUUUUUAAAUAAUCCUUUCUUUUUAAAACCCAAAUACUGGAUCUGGGGUUUAAUCUAGCACAGUGUAAAUGCACUAACAGGAACGAGACUUGUCACACGAGUCUCGUCAGAUGUGAAGUCUAAAUUAUGAGACCGAACGGGUGUGGAAAAGAGUAACGUUUGAUCGAACUGAUUCUGACUUCACCCCGAUGAGUCUCACCAAACCUCAGUCAGGACUGUCAAGAUUCAAGAAUAUGUUUUAAUGCAGGAAAACCUUCAUCCAACAAAUUAGAUCCAACAUUUUCUUUAUGCAAUAUGUAUUUGUUUUUUGUUUUAUUUUUGGGUGUGAAAAAUAAGUACAUGAUAUGCAGGGGAAAUUGUUCCCUCAUUGUAGUAAUUUGGGGCCAUGUUGUACUGAUUUGUUUCCUCAUUUUAGUAAAUUGUGGCAAUAUUGCACUAAUUUAGUAAACUGUGACCAUGUCAUAAAAAUUGCUCCCUUGUUUUAGUAAAUUGUGGCCAUCUUAUACUCUGUUGUUCCCUCUUUUUAUUAAAUUGUGGCCUCGUCGUACUAA